UCCAUCCCGACCUCCUUCCCUUCCAGUGUUUUUCAUUUCAUCGUUGAAGCUGACGAUCUCGCGUGCCCACGGACCCACGGUUCAGCUGAGAAGUGCAACGUAACGUCCAGUUCGAAGAGACUUUGCUGAGAACGGAGUGUCUUCUCCAGCCCCAACUGAAACAACUGAAACACAUCUCCUGCAGACUCCCCCCCCCCAGAAAACCAAUUGCGGGGAGGAGCGAUCUCAGACGAGGUGCAGCGCUGGUGGGCUGAGGGAAUAAAAAGAAUAAGGGUGAGGCUCCGCAGCUGUUAGAAGACAGAGAGGAGGUACAGGUGUGUCAAGGGUAAGACGCGACUGCUGCUCAGGUCAACUGGUUUCAGCUGCCGCAGAAAGAUCUGCUCUCCUUGUCUGGAACGGACUUUUUUUUGUUGUUUUGUUUUUGCUGAACUGUUUUUUUUUUCAUUCGAAUGGAGCGCCUCGUAGUCGCUGCGCUUGCCCUCUGCGCCCUCGCACCGAGCGCCCGUUGUGCAACAGGCUCCGUCGCCUGGUGUUAUCACCUGCCGAGCUGCAAUGACACCACCUGGCCAGUCAUCGCGCCCCAGUAUUGCAACGGCACCCGACAGUCGCCCAUCGACAUCGUCUCAGCAUCCGCCAAACCCGAUGCCAAUCUGACUGCGUUCACCUUUCAUAACUUCAGCAGAACCUCCGCGCUGCAAAAGAUCGAGAACACUGGCAAGACAGUCAAGGUUAAAUUGGAAAGCGGGGUCAGGGUUUCAGGAGGAGAUCUGUCCGAGGACUAUGAAAGCCUGCAGUUCCACUUGCACUGGGGCAACGGCUCCUCCGUCCCCGGCUCUGAGCACACUGUGAAUGGCAAGCGCUACCCCAUGGAGUUGCACAUUGUGAAUCUCAAGUCAUCCCACAAAGGAAACAUAACUCAGGCUUUGGCAGACCCCACGGGACUUGCUGCCCUCGGUUUCUUCAUUGAGGAAAUGUCAGGUAAUGCAACGGGCCAACCCGCAAGCUGGCGCACGCUGACUUCCUAUCUGGCCAACAUCACAAACAGCAGCGAUUCUGUCUCAGUGGCACCUGGGAUUUCGCUGGAUGAUCUCCUGGACGGGGUGGAUCGCACCAAGUACUACCGCUACCUCGGCUCCCUGACCACCCCCACUUGCAAUGAGGCGGUGGUCUGGACUGUGUUCAAGGAGUCGAUCAAAGUCAGCAAAGAUCUGAUUGACCUCUUCAGCACAACGGUGCGCGUCUCCAACGGCUCAUCACCUUACACGAUCAAUGUCUACAGAAACCUCCAGCCGGCGCAGCCGGUCACAACGCAACCCGCCAGCAGCAGCACUUCCUCCACAACCUGCUACUCCUUGGGGCUGAUGGCCCUGAGCCUCGCUCUGGGGAGGAGUUAGUGCCAAGAAAGUGAGGGGGGGGGGGUCAAUUCUUUGUGAAUUCUCAACAGCGUGUUGUGUUAGUGUUGAACCUGUCCCCCUCCCCCAAUGAUUUUUCUGACUGUAGUCUUGUCCGCAUUGUUAAUGCAUAACUUCUGCUCCGAACUGCUUGUCAGUCGUGACCUUAAUUCAAUAUGUAGGAUGCACAUGUGAUCAGUCGAUUCACAUCCAAGCAAAACUGAGCCUUAAUGCGCGAACUUGUUUACUAAUGUAGCUCGAUAUAUUAACAAUGUUAUCGGGAAAUAGCUCAAACAACAUUAAAUAUAACCAUGGCUGCCUCUGCGCUAAAGUAACUGUCCAUCAUAUAGCUUUAAAUGGUAAUGACAAGCUGCUACCUAUUCAUAAUGGGUUUUUUUUGUUUUGUUUUGUUUUUCUUAUUUAAUAUCUGUAUGCAUGCUUGCACGUCUCGCAUACACAAUUUGUGUUGAACACAGAAAUGCACAAGAAUUUAUAAUUUUGGUAUGAAGGGUCAAGAAUUCAGGCACAGCUCACGUCUGCUGCCCAAGCCACAUUCAGGUGCCUGAGGAAGGGAUGUACUUGCACUGAGUUUACUGAGUAACUGUAGUAAUGGUCAUUGAGAGAGGGUAAAAUUCAUUCAUGUAAUCUGGGUGUGACAGUAUUUUGUUACAUUUUAAAUCUUCCUUACACGUGUAAUUGUCUCGAGUGUCACAUCAGUCUCUGCCAAAAGUUGUUCCACAAUAUGGAACUUUUUAAUUUCAUUUUUGUUUUUGUAGGCUUUUUUGAAUCACCUUUUAUAUUUUGCAACCUGAUUUGCCACUAUCUUGUCCUCAUUGGUGCAGAUGAAAUGUAGUCAAAUUGCCACGAUUAACACUCAGAAUGAAACCUUUGCUUCCUUUUUCAGUUGGUGUAAUGAAGGACUGAGGUGUCAGUACAAUGAACACCAUAAUUUUUCACCAUUAUUUUUUUACACUACAUUUGAUACCUUUUUAACCCUGUGUUGAACUAUUGCAAAUGCAACAGAACUGUGACCUCUUGUUAAAUGUUUCAAAAUUAAAAUGAUCUGGUGCCAGUCAA